GAUGAGUACGAGCGGUUGUGCUUCCUUGCCGGCUGGGCAGUCUUACGGGAAAACGAGCACUACGUGCAAUGGUUGAAUGUCUGGCCUGGGCCGAGACAUCCCAGCUUUCAAGAUGCACAGGCACAGACAGGUGCUAGCGGCAGCACUCCGCGACCACUCGCCAGGCUUCGGCUUGAAGGACAGAUGAACUACCUUCACUGCCUGGAGGUGGGACCGCCAGACAAAGUGGGUCGUCAACAGAUUCUGGCCAUGACGGGCAGCACACCUCAUCUGUGCAACGAGAUAGGUUUGAUGGACCUGAGCCGUUUGCAGCGACGAGGUGAAGGUGUCGAAGGUCUUGCGCCAGAUGGGGAGGCUGCCUCAGCUUUGCCUGCGGUCUACGACGUUAAAGUGAAGGUCUACUCCAUGGGAGAGCGCGUGGUGCUUAGUGCCAAAUGGAACGAAGCCGGCGAUUUUAUUCUCUUGAACACAAGGCCUUAUGCCCAUGCUGUAUCCGGAAGUCAAAAGACUGGAGGACAAAGCGAGGCUUCGCAGGCCAGUCUACAAGCCGGUGCAUCCUUCGAGGACCUUCUCCUACGGCCGGCUCCAGAUCUGUCCACCAAAAUGGAGCUCCUGCUGCUGGAUGCAAGAACCUUGGACGUCGUCUCCGUUUUCGAUGGUCAUUUCGCUUUCACCACGAAGGAAAGUCCCUUCCUCAUUUUCACAGAAGAGUGGUCGGACUCGGACUUCCUGGCGAGUGGUGGUGAGGACCAUCGCGUGUACAUUUGGCAUCGUCGUCACGGUCGCUUGAUUCGGCGGUUGUGUGGUCAUGCUGAACCUGUCAAUGCUGUGAGCUGGAACGGUCGAGGCUUGCUGGCUUCAGCUUCCGAUGACAACGGCAUCAUCAUUUGGGCUGCCGCAGGCGCCAAAGAGCGUCCGCAACACAUGGCUGCGAGUUCGUGUCAAUCGUCCAUUUCUGCUCUUUGCUCCAGCUGA